AUGAAUACAACAAGUUACAUUUUCCCCGGAUCUUCAAUAUCAAUCAUUUUCUUCUUCUCCUUUUCUCUUGCUUCCAACGACUUUAAUGCUGAAACCUUCAUCCACCGAAUCAGGGUUUUAAUGAGUUUAGACAACCUGUAUGACUCCUCAUCAGUUCACUUGCGAAAUCAUGCGCAUAAUGGUCUUGUGCUUGGAAAUGCAGUGCUGCUAAAAAGAACAUCUAGAGAUGUCACGCACAUGGGAUAUCGUUGUUUUUUCACUGAAUUGCAUUCCAUUUCUUUGACAUUUUCUACAGGCGUGGAUUUAAUUUCUACCGUCUCUUGUAAGAAGCCUUAUGAAUGGGUUGGUAAGACCGAUAUGGAAUGGGAUUUUAACUCCAACAAAAGGCAUGGCGAGACUUUCCCUGUGGUAGAAUAUGAUUUUGGAAUCAAGCACAAUAUAUUGAGGCGAUUGGGAUCGUAUGGGUGUAAAAUCAUGGUUGUUCCUUCAACAUGGCCAUCAUCUGAGACUCUUAAAAUGAAACCAUAUGGGGUACUUUUUAGCAAUGCACCAGGUGACCCUUCUGCUUUACCUUAUGUUGUUGAGACAGUGAAGGCUAUUAUGGGAAAUGUUCUUGUUUUUGGAAUUUGCAUGGGACAUCGGUUGCUUGGUCAUGCCUUGGGUGGGAAGACAUAUAAAAUGAAAUUUGGUCAUCAUGGAGGAAAUCAUCAUGUUCGUAACCUCAUAAAUGGAAGUGUUGAGAUUAGUGCCCAAAAUCACAAUUAUGUGGUUGAUCCUGAAUCACUUCCAAAUGGAGUGGAAGUUGACUAG